AUGACGAACGACGACAAGCCCUCAGCGUCAGGUCCAAUCACCGCGGUGCCUUAUGAUCGCCCCAGCCUACCAUGGCGCGCGUCGUCUGCCAUGAUUACAGGCCUCACCGGCAUGGUCUCUCGUGGGUUUCUCUAUGGGUUCAACAAGGUUGAGACUACCGGCCUGCAAAGGUUUUUGAAGAUCCUAGACGACAGAGAGGAUAUGGACAAGAGGCAAAAAGGUCUUCUCACGGUUUGCAACCACGUCAGUGUAAUAGAUGACCCCGUCUUAUGGGGUGUGCUUCCAGCACGUUAUCUUUUCAACCCUCCCAACUUGAGAUGGGGCUUGGGUGCUCACGACAUAUGCUUCAAGAACAAAGCCUUAGCCACCUUCUUCAGUCUUGGCCAAGUCCUGCCGACUCAUCGUCUCUUAUACUCGCCCCAUGGAGGCGCGUUCCAGUCCACGAUGCCGCAGGCGAUUCGCCUACUUUCUGCCCAGCCGUUCCCUGGUAGCCAGCCGGGCUCUGCUGUCCCGUCGUUAAGCUCGUCGUUCCCCGACAUAUCAGAUCCGUUCACAACAGGCGGCCUCACCUUUACCACCACUGGCUCGGACUCAUUUGUCGCUCCCUCAGCCUAUGCGCAGAACCGAUUGGCGUGGGUUCACGUUUUCCCCGAAGGCUGCAUUCACCAGCACUCGGCGCUCUCACUUCGAUACUUCAAAUGGGGCAUGUCUCGCCUGAUCCUCGAAUCAGAGCCCAUGCCCGACGUUUUGCCCAUGUUCAUCGAUGGAACGCAGCAUAUGAUGUCCGAGGACAGGACGUUCCCUCGAUUUCUACCACGAAUCAACAAGACAUUCCGUAUAGCCUUUGGAGAGCUCGUUGAUACGGAGCGCACUUUUGGUGACCUGCGCCGGAGAUGGCAGGAACUUGUUCAAAGAGAGACGAAAGGCGGCAAGCCACUGGCCAUGGGGGAACUUACUGAUGAGCUCAAGUACGGCCGCGAAGCCAUCGAGCUCCGAACAGAAGUCGCUAGGCGUGUUAGGGAUGAAAUCGAAAAGCUCAGAAUCAGCCAAGGGUACCCAGAGGACGAUGCCAAGCUGGCGCUGGCCGAAACAUGGGCCCGAGAGCCGCCCGCCAAGGCUUACAAGAGCAAUGUUGAUGACAGCUUGGUAAGGAAAGAGUAA